AUGAGAUUGGUUGAUAUUUUACUUGUACUGACUGCGGCAGCAACUGCUAAUGCAAUAUUGACACCGACUGAUAACGAUGGCUCACUCCAAGCAUCAGGCACUUCCAGUCAAGUGUCUGGCCCAACCAAUGAACCUAAUACAGGCACUUCCGACAAAGACUGGCAAGAAAUGAUGGAUGCAGUUAAUUUAAGCAUUCUUGAUGAAGACUGGAAAUACCUAUUUGAUCCGAUUGAUCCAAACACUUCCAAUAAAGACUGGCAAAAUAUAGUAGAUCAACCCAGUCCAAGUACUUCCAGCCAAGUAUCUGGUACAGCUGAUAGACCCGAUUCAAAUAUUCCUAAAGACUGGCAUCAACCAAUGGAUCAACACAGUCCGAGCACUCCCAAGCGAGGUCGAAAACGGCCAAUUGAUGAACCCGGUUCAAGUAUUUCCAAACAAGACCAACAACAAUCGAUGAAUCAACCCGGUCCGAGUGCUUCCAAACAAAGUCGGAAACAAUCAGUUGAUGGACCCGGUUUAUACAUCCCUGACAAAGACUGGCAACACCUAAUAGAUGAAGUCAAUUCAAACACUUUUGAAGACUGGAAAGAACUGUUUGAUAUAGCUGGUUUAAAUACUCCCAGUCAAGUUUCUGACCCAAUUGAUCAAGUCGGUCCAAACACUUUUGACAAAUACCAACAACAACCAGCUGAUCAACCCAGUUCAAGUAUUCCCAACCAAACUCAGCAACACCUAAUGGAUGCAACUGAUUUAAAUAUUCCCAACCAAGACCAGCAACAGCCGAUUGAUGAGCCCAGUCCAAGCACUCCAAAACGAAGUCGAAAACGGCCAGCUGAUCAGAGCAGUUCAGGCACUCCAAAACGAAGUCGGAAACGGCCAGCUGAUCAGAGCAGUUCAGGCACUCCAAAACGAAGUCGAAAACGGCCAGCUGAUCAGAGCAGUUCAGGUACUCCAAAACGAAGUCGAAAACGGCCAGCUGAUCAGAGCAGUUCAGGCACUCCAAAACGAAGUCGAAAACGGCCAAUAGAUGUAACUGUUCCAAGCACUUCCGGUCAACACCAACAACAACCAAUGGAACAAGGCGAGUCGGGCAAUACUGUUCCAAAUCAAGUGACUGUAUUAAACGAACAGGAUCAGAGAAGAUUUAAUCGUAUAAAGAAGAGGCUUGAGUUGUCUAAAAAGAUUGUAAAAGAAAAACACGAAGAAUAUCGUGUAUGUGCAAUCAUUGGAUUGGAACACAAGCUAGUAUUAGCAAUGGGAGAAGAAAUAUCUGAACCAAGGCACAAUCCGGAAACUGAAAAGCGAUUGAAACAAGAGUAUAUAAUGGCAAGGAGAAAAAUAUACAGUGCCAGACAAGAAUUGAAAAGGUUUAUGAAAAGACGUGGUUUAGAAUUUGAAGAGCUGGAAUCAGAUUCAGAUUCAGAUUGA